AGCAUUCUCCGUAAUUUUGUGAGCACAACCUCAGCACAUGGGUUCCAUUGGUCAGUAGAUUCCAGAACUAAAUGGGAACAAAUAUUCUGGUUUAUUUUGGCCACUUCACUCACAACAACCGCCAUAGUCAUGUCUUGGAAUCUUUUCGAGAAGCAGAGAACAUCUCCCACCCAAACAUCUCAGUUCGAGAUUGUUCAAGGAAAUCCUAUUACUGGAAUACCUUUCCCGGAUUUUAUACUUUGUGAUCCCAAUCCAUUCAAUAUUCACAAGGCCCAAGAAAAUAAUGUGAGUGUACAGCUUUUGUCCUAUCUAACAAAUUAUCUCUACAUUUCAAUAGAUAGUAAAAUGCAAUGGACUGAGAAUAUGACAGCCGAUCUAGAAGCUGAAUAUAAAGAAACUAUUCAAAGAUUUGACAAUGAUCCUAUCCUGCUACUAGAUGCUGUUACUAAGGAGCAUUCUCGUUUCUUGAAAAAUCUAUAA